AUGGAGGCAGCGGCAGCCGUGAACGAGAGCGGAGCGGCGGCCCCGCGGCUGCCGACCGGCGGCGGCAACUCCUCGCUGGAGCUCUCGUCGCGGCCCCCCGCGCCCGCCGCCCUCAACCCCUGGGAUGUGAUGCUGUGCGUGUCCGGCACCGCCAUCGCCUGCGAGAACGCCCUGGUGGUGGCCAUCAUCUGCUACUCGCCCGCCCUGCGCACCCCCAUGUUCGUGCUGGUGGGCAGCCUGGCCACGGCUGACCUCCUGGCCGGCCUCGGCCUCAUCCUCAACUUCGUUUUCCAGUACGUGAUCCGCUCGGAGACGGUCAGCCUGCUGACCGUGGGCUUCCUCGUCGCCUCCUUCGCCGCCUCCGUGAGUAGCUUGCUGGCCAUCACUGUCGAUCGCUACCUCUCCCUCUACAAUGCCCUCACUUACUACUCGGAGAGGACGGUGCUCUGCAUUCACACCAUGCUGGCCGCUGCCUGGGGGGUCUCCCUCUGCCUGGGGCUGCUGCCUGUCCUGGGCUGGAACUGCCUCCACGACCGCACCUCCUGCAGCGUCGUCAGACCCUUGACCAAGAGUAACGUGACGCUGCUGUCUGCCUCCUUCUUUCUCAUUUUUCUCAUCAUGCUCCAUCUCUACAUCGAGAUCUGCAAGAUCGUCUGCAGGCAUGCCCACCAGAUAGCUCUCCAGCAGCACUUUCUGACUGCUUCGCACUAUGUCACCACCAAAAAAGGCGUCUCUACCCUGGCCAUCAUCCUUGGGACCUUCGGAGCCAGCUGGCUGCCUUUUGCCAUCUACUGUGUGGUGGGGGAUCCUGACUACCCUGCUGUGUACACCUAUGCCACGCUCCUGCCUGCUACCUACAACUCAAUGAUCAACCCCAUCAUUUAUGCCUACAGAAACCAGGAAAUCCAGAGGUCCAUGUGGGUGCUCCUCUGUGGCUGCUUUCAGGCUAAAGUGUCCUUUCGCUCACGGUCCCCCAGCGAUGUCUGA